UCCAAGGAGCAGCAUCACCAUGGAGAAGAUGUUGUUCGGUCUCUUGUUUUUCUCAGAGUGCUUGGUCCUCUCCACCUGCCUCGUCCGUCACUACCACUUCGUUGGUCAGAACUUGACUUGGACCGAAGCUCAGAAAUACUGCAGAGAGAAACACACGGACCUGGCCACCAUGCAGAACGAUGGGGAACAGAACCAACUCUGGAACACACUUUCAUCUGCUGGUUCCAGCUCUGACGUCUGGAUCGGUCUGAGGCAUGAAGUCGACUGGAAGUGGUCUGAUGGGUUCAACGGUACCGGGGCUGACUACAGGGACUGGGGAAGUGGCUAUCCAAUCUUUUACUCAUGCCGAUACUUCUGUGUAUUCAUGUAUUCAUCAUCAUGGAGGGACUAUGAUUGCCAGCAAAGCCUACCCUUCCUGUGUUACAAAGGAUCACAGCAGAAUCCUGAAUAUGUUCAUGUGACCGAGAGGAUGAACUGGUCCAGCGCUCAGAGUUACUGCAGGGAGAACUUCAUAGACCUGGCCAUUAUGAGGAACGAUGCAGAGAACCAGGCGGCCCAGAGGGAAAUACCUGAUGGAUACUGGCCUUGGAUUGGCCUGUAUAGAGAUCCAACCUUUAACUGGUCUGAUGGGAGCAGCUUCCUCUUUGAAAACUGGGAGCCUGCUACUAAUCCCUUGAACUCGAUGAGAGUUAUUUGUGGUGUUUCUUCAGGCAGCUCAGGAAAAUGGAGGUUUCUGUCGUGUGAAACCAGAUUACCGUUUGUCUGCUACAGUUAUGACAGCGUGAAGAAGACGAUGGUGAAGGUGAAAGUGAAGGUGGACGGCUCUGUGGACCUGAAGGACCCGGCGGUGCAAGAACAACUCCUGAAACAGCUCCAGGACAAGCUGAAGGAGGACGGAGUGGACGGAGUCACCCUGAAGUGGAAAAAGCAGAAGGAUGGAGAAGUUUUCCACAAGGAGGACGAGUUGUGAGAUAGAAGGGUUAGACAGAUUUUAGGGACUCUAAAUCUUCCCAGGUCUGUCCCAAUACUCCCACUACUCCUACUUUCAGCACCAGCCCUAAAAUCAGGAAGCUGAGAGCCAAAAGCUGUUUUAAUUUCUGCUGUAGCGCUGUUAAUAUGCCACUUUAUUAAGUUUUAAUAUGUUUUCAGGCGUAAAAGUAACCGUUAAGAUCCCCAACCUGGGCUCAGUUUAUCCAAAUAACGCCCGUUAAGAGAUUUGUUGCUGCUGUUACCAUGGUUAACCCUGAUUAAAUGGACCGAGCUAAUUGAUGGUAUCACUGCUCCCCCUAGUGGACAGAUCCAUAAACACAUUUGAUACAAUAACACAAAUGGCUCUUACAUUUAGUUCAUUACUGAAGUUUAGUUCAUAAAAUCUACACGACUUUAUUAUAUAAUCAUUAACUGUAACCUGUUGUGAUGAAUGUUUUUAUGUGUCAUCUUUAAUGUCACUAUUUGAAAUGUACACAUUAUAAUUGUGUUGACAUGAGGAGCAUUUCUUAAAUAUGGUGUGUGAAGUAAAGUAGCAGUUAUAUAUCAGUGUGUGUUUUCAUUGUCUGAAU